AUGCCAUUCCCCGCUCACCUUGUCCACCGCCGCCGCGACUACGUCGGCGGUGAGUGGGUCCCGUCGCUGUCCGUGGUUGAAGUCCAGCCAAAGCGCGGUGCUAGGAUUUACAAGGCCGGGGAGAAGGUCGAGGUGCUGAGGGAACGAGAGGCCUACGGCGAGUCCUGGUUCCCUGCGACGGUGGCCAAGGCUGUCGACAGGCUCAGCUACAUCGUGGAGUACCUGGAUGAGCAGGAGGGCGGAGGGAAGGCCAUAGAGUACCUGCAUUUUGGGUACAUUAGGCCGGCUGAGUAUCAUCGUCUGCGGGAGAGCAAAGUCCGGCUUGGGCUUGGCACUGCUGUGGAGGUGCACUGUGAUGGGGCAUGGUUGCAGGGAGUGGUGCACGGGGUUGUUAGGGAGGCUUGUGAGUAUGAGGUCAGUGUUAAUGGUGUAGAGGUGGAGCAGCUGCUGGCUAAGGCAGUAGAGCAGCUGAGGUCCCUGUGCAUAUGGAACGACAAGCAUUGGACGAUACCAACUGAUGACAAGGUAAUACAAUGA